GAACAAAAAAAGGAAAUGCCUGGCACCGAGCUGGGAAUAUUUGUGGAGAGUCAAAGUGUCAAGUGGCUGCGUGGCUUGUCGCGGGAUCAGAUCGGUGCCUGUGACAGGCUCUUCCGUGCCCUGCGGGACGACACCGCACAGGAGUCCACGUAUCGCGUGUCUCGCUGCAUGAACAACUUGGGUCUGCGGCCCAUGGUGUCGCCUUCCCGCAUCAAAACUAUCAUGCAAAUCAGUCAUGGCAGCGAGCUGGCAUUCCUCUAUUUCCUGUGGGAGGCCGAGUACAAGCCGAUCACCGAGGACUGCCCCACAAAUUUCACGGUGAACGAACAGCUGCUGCUCUCGGCCAUCGCCCACCUGGACAUGCCGGCCACGUUGCGGGAGUUGGACCGACUGCUGCCACCAGCCACGCACUCAUUAGAGACUCUGCGACCCGCGGGAUGUGUCAAAAUAAAGCACGAAUCGGUGGCACAGCCUAAGGCCAAAGGCAGUGAUUAUAUGAAUCCAUAUUUUGCUCCACUGCCGCGGCCUAAGCAGCUUCCGAAGCCAACGCAGAAGAAACAGUUGGGACCGCCCGGUGGCAAGCUGCGAUAUCCCGAGUAUGCCAAAUAUAAUGGGAUGUACGAAGUGCCAGAGGAGACUUCACGUUGGUUCUCACAUUACCAACUGUCACCCGCCAAGAGAGUGAUCAAGAAACUGCUGUCGGAUGAGCUGAAUCGCCUGAUUUUGGAACCCAUUGAGAAGGAAAAGGAGGAGGAGUCCCUGUGCCACACCCAUCGUCUAGUCAGGGAAGCAGCGACUAAAAAGCAGCAGGAAAUGUCCGACGCGGUUUUCCAGAGAUAUCUGUCCCUACUCGACGUGUCGGGCGCUGACCUAAAGGCAUCCCGCAAGCGGGUUAUCCAGCAACUAGAAAAGGAAAUCGAGUGCGCAGCCGACAAGAUUCGACACUUCUCAAGGCGAAGGCUGAUCGAAGUGGGACAAAUUCGCACUGGGAGAGUGAACGGAUCGUGUCAGCUGUGCACUCAACUCGUGAGCACGCCCCAACUGAAGAGAGCAGAUUUGUCGCUACUUUUGGGAUCUGAUUUGAAUGCACUUGCACAUCCGCCGCCCCAAGAUGAAGGGCUGAUUAAAGUUGUAGAGCUGCCAGGAGGUGUGGAUCAUGCCAUCAGCCAAUGUGGCGCGGGAGACUGCCAGCUGCUGGACGGUAAUGAUUCAGUAAUUAAAUCAAGCAAAGAGAAAGUCCAACCGCACAAGAGAAAGACCCGUAAAACGUCCAGAUUUAGCCAGAGAAGAACGCGCACAACCCAACAGGGUUCCAAGGUUCUCAGCUCAGACUUUAAGAAUCUCAGCGAACUCGUUCCUCCCUGCAGUCGAACUCUGGAGUGUCCACUUAAGGGGAAGGUCUACCAAGAGCCAGAUCGUUUUACCACAAGGAACAACCACGGGUUAGAGUUUGAUUACUUUAAGAUAUUCAACCUGGCAGGACUCCAUGACGUGCAAGAUGUGCGGCCGCAUUCGGAUGACUUUCCCGUGGAUCUGGAGGAUAAGCAGCCGCUAAUUAAGAGACUUUUCAUUGCCGCUCUCAACAGCAGCAACGAUGAGGGGCCAAGGACACAGAUGGAGACUGAAUGGUGCCCCAAAGCUGUGCCCAAAGCAGCCGCUAGCUGCGCCAUGGGAAUAUUUAGAGAAAAAGUGGCCCAAAAAGCAACUUCAAUGGCAGCUGAAGAUCAAGUGGAGCCUGAGCAAGGGAAGCUCGUUGAUCCCAACGACAGACAACAGAUCGAGGAACUGCUAAAGUCAGCGCUGAAGGUGAUGAAAACAAAUCCCAAUUACGUGCUGGCAACAUUUCCCAAUGCACACAAGUUGCCCAUGCUCAUAGAUUGGGUGUCAAACCGCUAUGGAAAGCGUUACACGCGCCAGGAGAUGCAAGAUCUGGUCAAUUCCUCGUGCCAACUGAUCGAAAGGAUCCAGCAAAAGGAAGCGGCACGCCAGAAGCGGUUGAUGAAUGUGAAAAUCCCCACCAACAAUGGACUGGUCAGCUAUGCCCACAAAAAGGCGCUCAUGUGCGAAGCCGAACAAACCAAAAGGGAAUACUACGGGAAACUGAAUCAGCUGGCGCUGGAGGAAACGCGUCUGACGUGGCUGGCGCUGCGCGGUGACUCCCAUCUGGGCGGCCACAUUGGGGACACGUUCUUCGCCUACAUGCCAGCCAAUGAAGCUGAUCUGAAGCGGCAUCAUGUGUGGCAGUCGCGGGACUAUCGUGACAUGGUGCUGCACAGGCAGCUUCGAGAGCGACGCCGUCGGGUGUGAGCGGUCCGAGAGGACAGUGUGGAGCACU